AGAGAGAGAGAGAGAGAGAGAGAGGAAAGUUUGAGAGGAGCUGCAGACUCAGACUCUGAGGACUGAUCCGGAUUCUUUCUGCUCUUCGAACCACAGACUGAACCCCUGCCGGUCCGAGACUCUCGGAGGACUAAAGUUCGGAUCUGCGGACCUGAGGAGGACUCUUUUCUCAGUCCACCAUGUCAGUUUCGGAGGAGACGGACGGGCUCCGGCCCAGAUACGGCUGUAAGUACACCCCCCACCCCUCCUCCUCUCUCUCUUUUUACCUGCACGUCCCGCGCGGGCGGGUUCAGUCAGAACAGCGGGACAGACUGAUCCGGAUCCUCUGGGUCUGACCCUGUAGAUGAGGAAAAAACUUAAUCUGGACUUAAUCUGAGCUGAAGGUGUGGACAGGUAGAUGAGAGGAGCAGCGGCGCGUGCUCACACAGGCUCAUUAUCACUUCCGCGUUUUAUUAGAGAGUGGGGGGGGGGGGGGGGGCAGAACUUUCUCCACAAACAGAAUCAAACGGAACCAACAUCAGACCCACAUCAGACCCUCAGAUUCAUGUCAAACCCAGAGCUCAGGUCCGGAGAGUCUCUGUGAUCCACUUCAGAAAAACUCUGAGUUCUUAUUGAGACGGAUCAAACCUCCGCCCCUGAUCCGGAUCCUCCUCCAUCUUUACUCUGCAGCUCUGAGUCCACCAUCAGACUGAUCCUGUUAGACUCUGAUCCUCUUUGAGGUCUGAGUUCAUUAAAGUCUGAAAGUUUAGGAUCCAAAUCUGCAGGAGUUCCUCCUCAGUAGGGGAGACCGGGUACGUUGAGCCCCUCCCCCUGUUUCUUGUGGUCAAAGAAAUUGAUCAUGUGACCAAAUAUUUAGGAGAUGGUCAUCAAUUCAUGGAGUGUGUGAAGGUUAGAAGCACAUGGGUGAAGAAGAGGUUAGACAUUUAUUUAAAGAAAUAAAAACAUUUUUCUUCCCUCUGUGAAGUGAAUUUAGUCUUUAGUCAUCAGUUUGAUUAGAAUUGAGUUCAGACUAAAAAAAGAUCAUUUUAUCCCUUUAACCCUCUGUAGCCUGGGGUAUAAUCGGCUGUUUUUAACUACUUCUGGUUUUAUAUUUCCCCUUAAAAACUGUUUACCUCGUCUUGUUCUGUAUCAUUUUUUUCAGCACAACCUCACUGUGAAUUUAGUUAUUUUAUCAUUUUGACAAACUGUAUUAAUGCCCGACUCCACAAAUGAAAUGUUUAUUUUAUUUACUGCUGAAAACCAAAAAAAUCAAAAUGUCCUUAAAAUUUAACAAAUAUAUUUAUUGAUCUCUUUAGAUGUUUUUGGAAACUGAUAAACUAAAAGAGGACAUUUUUAUCAUUUAUCAGACUGUAUGCAGGAGUUAUUUUACUAAUUUGUUGAUCAUAUUGAUUUGAUAGAAGUUUAUAAAAGUGCCAUAUUUUUCGCACUAUAAGGCGCACCAUCAAUGAACGCAUCUGUUCACGUCUAUUUUCAUACAUAAAUGGUACGGGAUGAUAAAACACUUUAAGACAAACAAAACAGCCGAUAAGUCAAACUUAAUUAACCUCCUUCAAUAACUCUGUGAGGCUACGGCAGCUGCAGCGCUCCAACUAACCAUCAGGCUGUGCGUCUUUGUAGCUUACCGAGCUAGCUUAAGUCGUAAUGAAACAUUUUGACAGUUUUUUGAGCGCUGUGUGCCACAGAAAACCGGCUCGAGGUCAGUCAGCACAACCAGAAUUCAUACUGAGGAUUUUAGAGAAAAUUAAAGGAUUUAUUAAAGGGUUAAAUUAGUUUUAUCCAUCUAUUGUGGUCUCUAUGAGCUCCAACAUGAGUUGUCAUAAAUAGUAGUUCAGGGGGAACAGAGACAGUAAAGGAGUCUGAGGAGAGGAUCAGAGUUUACCUUCAGACUGUUGAAACUGUUUCAUAAAUACAGAUCUGAGGAUGUUCUCAAUCACUUAAAGACAUUCUCAUCUUCAAAUGUUGUUUUAACAGUUGUAUGUAAUAAUAAUAAAAAGAAUGAUUGUUCCAGUUAAAUAGAGUAUAACAGAUAAAAAUACACAUGAAUGUGAAGAAGUGACUGUUAUUUAGGGAGAGAGAAGGUGAGGGAGGGAGGUCAACUUACCCUCCCCCAUACACGGGGUAAGUUGACCAUAGGAGACCCCCUUUUUUUUGUCCUGCUAUAUUCUGAAGAUUAGAGUUCUUACACUCAUUCUGUUUACACUAACACACACACACACACACACACACACACACACACACACACACCCUCAUUCUCACCCUGAACGUGUGUCACAGUGAAACACAGACCCUCUCUCACCCUCCUCCUCCCAUAAUUGAAGAAAACCCUCAUUAGGUUCAUUUCUCUGAAGGCAGCUACACACACACACACACACACACACACACACACACACACACACACACACACACACACACACACACUCACACUCACACCCUCUUGUACUGUUUGUUCAGUGUGAAUGAUCCAUUAUCAGACUCGCCCUGUAAACCCUCUGAGCGCCUGUUUCUCUGACUCACAGACAUCACCGUUAAACCUGAGUGUGUGUGUGUGUGUGUGUGUGUGUGUGUGUGAGUUUGUGUGUGUUUGCAUUAAUUUGACUCUGUGCUUUGUAAUGACCCACCUGACCUCUCAGCUGAUCUGAGGUCUCUCUCACUCUCCUGGUUCUGAUCCAGUCUGACUGUAAGAGUCCAGGUGUGGUGCUGCCGUGUGUGUGUGUGCGUGUGUGUGUGUGUGUGUGUGUGUGUGUGUGUCCUGUAACGUCAGGAGGAUCAGAGUUUACCUGUCAGAGCACGCAGACUGUCGUAACAUCACACACACGCAACACUAACGGACGAACAGACAGACAGAGGAAGAGCAGAACUCUGCAGACGAUCCUGAACGCAGCAGCAGACGUCAUCUCCACCACAUCCAUCUUCAUCCUCAGAUGAUGAUGAUGAUGAUGAUGAUGAGAACAUGGAAAAACCAGCAGAGUCUCUGAGACAUGAUCACAGCAGGCCUUCUCAGAUAUAUGACACCCUGACAGUAGAACAGUCUGUCUGUGACUCCAGUGUUUUUAUAACAGGCGGGUACAGAUAUGAAAACAAAAAUCACCUAACCCUAAAAAGAUUCUAACAAAGGUUUCUCAGCUGUUCUUUAUAGUAUCAGACGUCCUAAAUAACAAACUCAAAGUUUACAAAAGUUUGACCGCUAGAAAGGCGUCAUUUUCAAGAUGGCGUCCAUGAUGGUAGGAAGGAACAGGGUAAAAUUUUUAACUAACAGAUAUCAGCAUGAAACUUCCAGAGUUUAUAACUUACAUUAAGACAAAUAUUUUCUUAUUAUAUUACAAGUUUAGUCAAAUAUUAUGUUUAAAUAUGUAAAUGAGGUCAUAUCUAAUUAAAUCUGCACUAAUUUACAGACAUUUACAGAAAACUGAAAAUGGUGAUCCUCAAGGGAGCGAGAUAGAGAUCUGUGAACAAAACCAAACCACCUUAUUUCAUGAACCUGGAGUUCACUGGAACCAGAAUGAAGCUGCUACCCUCUACGGAGAGAUCGGACUCAGUUUAGGGUCAGAGUUCAUUUCAGUUAAAGGUGCAGUGUGUAAUAUUUAGGAGCAUUUGUGUGUACAGAGGGCUGCUGUUGAUGACUGUUUUUUUUUCUUUGUUUGCUUUUAUUAUUUUUGUUUCUCUUGUUUCUGUUUUGGUCUUCUCCUCUCAGACAGACUGAACAAUGAUGGAGCUGAUGUUUGCACUCAUACAGAUGGUCAGAAACGAUCCGCAGUCAGUCAGUCAGUCAGUCAGUCAGUCAGUCAGUCAGUCAGUGAGGCGGCUGUUCCCGGUGUUAGUCGUGAAAGCCUCGCCCUUAUUUCUCCAUCCUGUUUUCUUCCAGCCUGUGGCUUUAUGGGAAAAGUGUCGGUGCCACAUAAACACAGAUUUUACCUGAACAAAAUCUAAAUUCAGAUCUUUCUUAGAGUUUUAACAACAAACUAUUCAUGAACACGACUUUCUUUAGACUUCUUUACGCUCUGCUGCUGAGGUUAUCGGUGGGUCGCUGUAGCUUUAACACUCUGUCAAACUAGAGGAGAGGAUUUCAUUUCAUUUAUUCAGAUCUCCGUCAGCUUCAGCGAAGGCCAUCACUCUUCUUCCUGGAGUCUACAUUUACAAUCAUCUCUCCAUCGCAGAUCACACCACAAACACAACGACAACGUCAAUAACCACAACAUCUCACAACAGCCUACGAGACAAAAACAACACAACAAAACUAGAACAACACAAACAACAGACACAUUUGACUGGACUUUAUUCAUUUUCACCGUGUAGUUAUAGUUCAGAAAUAAUCAGAUGUUCAAAUAUCAACAUACAUUAAACAUAAUUGAAUUAUGUUGGGUCUAAAACCUGCCCAAAUACCUGAAAACAUAUAAAGAAGAGAAAGACAAUGGUGUAUACUCGAGGAGAAUGGACAGAGAUAGUAUCAGGUACAAUCUCGAAACCACUCUGAAGGUGGUUUCUGUCCCGUCUCUUUUAUUUAGGGUUGUCCCUGGUUACACAAUGUUUCUAAAGGGUGGGGGGAAAAUAUGUGCAGCAACAUAAGCAUUCUCAUAAAACAGAAUAAUGAACAACAGAGAAUAUGUGAGGGUCAAGGCGACAUUGUUGCAUCAAACGAGCUCCUUCUGAUAAGAGCGGAUCCUCCUCAUUACUUCCCACGAUUCACAGUGGAGGAUACAUCACACACACACACACCUGCUGACAGGAGAAACGAGGUCACAGAAAAAUGAAGAAACACUCAUGUGCUGUGUAAUAAAGCUAUUGGAGAGAGAAGUUAGAAAACACUCAUAUGAUGUGUAACAAGAGGUCAAAACAGUUCAUACUUGUAGUAUCAACUCUUACAUAAGAAUAUGAGGAAUAAUGAUAACUUCUAUAUACAUUUAUGCACAGUAUUCUAACAAAUUAAUUUACAGAAACAGUACCCAAUACAUGAGCAGAGUUAAGCCAAGGAGAGCAGGUGUGUGUGUGUGUGUGUGAAAGGCCAAGAGAGAGGCUGUAGUGACGAGGACAGCUAACGAGGGGACGACCGCUGCGUCUAAAAGUGAGAGACACGGUUCUGAAGUAGAACGACAUAAGAGUCCAAAUCCUGACGUUAUCAAGGCUGUUAUUUAAAACCUUCAAAAGACUGAAUGAUUUAUUCCAUCUGAUCAAAUGUGAGCAGAGGAAGUCUAAUUCAUUAACACAGUAAAAUAAACCUUUAGACCAGUGCUUCUCAACUGGUGGGUCCCGACCCAAAAGUGGGUCGCGGACACGUUCUAGAUGGGUCUCGAACAGCUGGUCAAAAAAUUAAAAGUUUAAUGCGCACCUGAUGUUUGACAAGUCUUUUAUUUUGAAAAAUAGCUUAUUUUGAAAGGCAUGCGUUUAGAGCUGCAGCUGUUGAAUAUUUUAGUAACCGAGUAUUCCACCAAAUAUUCCAUCGAUUACUCGAGUAUUUGGAUCCAAACGGCAGACUCACAUAAAGUUAAUUUCCUACAGCCCCGCAGUGAAGGCCGGACUCAGAGAAGUAGAGGACAAUCGCAGAACAAGCGUGAAAAGUCACGAAAGUCGCUAAGCUGGCAAAACCGCAAGACAAGUCCCUCUCAUCAUUUAUUUUCCCGCUCCGCAAAACCUAAACAGUCCUGACUCCUCCUUCUACCGUGGUGACGUAAGCCCAUCGUGUCACCUUCAAAAGAAUCCGUGUGAAACAGUGACGAUUCAAGCUUAUAGACGAGAGGCAGAGAAAAUUCCUCGAUCAUUAUUUGUAAUCGAAGUAUUUGAGGAAUCGUUUCAGCCCUGUAUGCGGAAAUGCACUUUACUCAUUAAAACGUGUUUUUUUUAUGUUAAACUUUUGAGACUUUGAAGGUUUUUUUUACAAAAAUAAAUUUUCUUGGUUUGAGUUUUAUAAAAGUGGGUCCAUGGUAAAGUGUGGGUCUAUAGUGAGACCAGUUCAGAACCUCUGGUUUAGACAGUCAAGUCCAGACUCUGAGUGUGAAGCAGUGAGACACGAUCCUCUUCAGCAGAAACAGUAAAUCAGAUUUUUAUAAUCAAUCAAUCAUAUCAGACGAGCUUCAGUAAACGAAAACAUCAACAGAAUCAAUCAGCUGAUCGAUAACUGUCGUCUGUGGAUGUUGUUGUUGUGUGACUGUGUGUGUUUAGAGUGUGUGUUUGUUGUAUUUCCUAUAUUAUUGUGACCUCGUGUUUUUUUCAUCUCCAGCCGUGUUGGACACCGUGGAGCGUCUGACAGCGGAGGAGAUGGACGAGCGGCGGCAGCAGAACAUGGCGUAUGAAUACCUGUGUCACCUGGAGGAGGCCAAAAGGUGAGGCGGGGUCAGACUGAAAUGAUUGACAGGUGGUUUGAUUUCAGUUCGUACGGAUCUUUAUUUCCUCCCCCAGAACACGCAGUCUCCUCCUCCUCAGAGUGACGUGUGAUUGGACGGCUGUGACUAUAGCUGCAGACAUCUGUGUGUGUGUGUGUGUGUGUGUGUGUGUGUGUGUGUGUGUGUGUGUGUCUCAGUGAUGCUGCAGCCUAGAAAGAGGAAGUCGUGUGUCAGACAGGAAGUGACUCAGUCAUGUUGACUUUUGUUCCUCCUUCUGUUCCCGCAGUAACCGGUGGUUGUCAUGGCGACGGCUUCUAUUGUGACAGUUGUGAUUGCUCUCUCUGAAUUUAUGCUGAGUGGUUGUUUUACGGCUGCAGAGGUCAUCGGUUCUUUAUCAGAGUUUAUGAACUAAAAUGUGGGGAACUUCAGGUCAGUCAGACUUUAACCGUUCAGGAGCUCUGAGGUCGUCAAACCAACGUCUCCUGGAGGUGUCCAGGUCAAAACACAAACACUGAGGUGACCGAGACGUUUCAGCUGCUGGUCUCAGACUCUGGAAUAAACUCCUCACUGAAACGAGACUUCUUUCUGACCCGGGCCUUUUUAAAUCUGGAUUAAAACCGUAUUUAUUUAAGAUGGUUUUUAAUACUCAGUAGUGUGGUGACACUUUAUUUCAUUGAAUAAUCUUUUAUUCUUCUUUUAUUGUUUUUAUUUAUUGAUUUUUAUUUUCUAUUGUAAAGCCCUUUGGUUCACCUAAAGGGCUGUAUGAAUAAAGAACAUUUACAUCAGGGUCAUUUAGAUGAAUUUAGAUUAUUUCUUUCUGAUAAUUUCAGGUAAAUCAACCUAAAUUACAGGAUUAUCGGGGUUAAGUAUCCACUCAGAUAAUUUCAAAUCUACUCUGUAAAUUCAGGUUAAUAUGUAAAUCAGGGUUAAUUUAGCUUAUCCGUGCAAAUUCAGGUUUAUUUGGAUACAUUUAGGUAAAUUCAAGUUUAUUUCUUGUAAUUCAGAUUUAUUUAGGUCACAACAGCUAAUUGAAAAUUCACUGAGGUUUAUCAAAUUGUCUCAGAUUAAUUCAGUUAUGUUAAGGGUAAAUUCAGGUUGAUCAGAUUCAGCAAAUGUCUGACAGACAGGAGCAGAAUGAGCUGGACAGACAGAUGGACAGACGGAUGGACAGACAGACAGACAGACG